AAAGGUGUUAGCUAGUCAGUGGAAGUGCUUAAUGGCCACAAAUGUGAUAAUAAAGAGUGGUUUGUUGGAAGAGCUCAGAAGAAAUCUGACAGAGAGGUUGAAUUGAAACACCGUUUUGAACAGACUACAAAGGAGGCAGUCGACAAAUCACAAUGUUCCAAUCUCUAUAUAAAAAACCUAGAUGAUACUAUUGGUGAUGAGAAACUCAAGGAAUUAUUCUCUCCAUUUGGCACAAUUACUUCAUGCAAGGUAAUGCGGGAUCCUAAUGGUGUUAGCAAGGGAUCAACUUUUGUUGCAUUUUCAACUGCUGAUGAUGCAUCUAAAGCGUUGGCCGAGAUGAAUAGUCAGAUGAUCAAUGGCAAACCUUUGUAUGUUGCCCUUGCACAACGAAAAGAAGAUAGACGUGCACGAUUACAGGCUCAGUUUUCUCAGAUACGCCCGAUUGCAAUUGCACCUUCAGUUGGUACUCGUAUGCCCAUGUAUCCCCAGGGUCCCCCAGGUUUAGGACAACAAAUAUUUUAUGGCCAGCCACCGCCUCUCCUUACUCCACAACCUGGUUUUGGGUAUCAGCAGCAGCUUGUCCCUGGUAUGAGGCCUGCUGGGGGGCACAUGCCAAAUUUCUUUAUGCCGCUUGUUCAACAAGGUCAGCAAGGUCAGCGUCCUUCAGGCAGACGUGGAGGGCCGGGUCCACUGAUGCAACAACAGGGGCAGCAACCAGGUCCACUGAUGCAGCAGCAGAUGAUUCAUAGAGGACGUGGUGGAUAUCGUUACUCAGCAGCUGGCCGUGGUGGUAUUUCUGAUGUUUCUAUCCCUGGUGUAGUUGGAGGCAUGUUCUCUGUCCCUUAUGAUAUGGGUGCUCUUCCUAUUCGCAAUUCAGGGUUGGCUCAACCACCACCAAUUGGUGCUUUAGCCACUGCUCUUGCUAAUGCUUCUCCUGCCGAUCAAAGAACGAUGUUGGGUGAGAAUUUAUACCCAUUGGUGGAUCAGCUGGAGCCUGUGGCAGCAGCCAAGGUGACUGGCAUGCUUCUGGAAAUGGAUCAGAUAGAGGUUCUUCAUCUGCUUGAGUCCCCCGAAGCUCUCAAGGCCAAAGUUACAGAGGCAAUGGAUGUGCUCAGGAACGUCUCUCAGCAGCAGUCAAACAACACUGUUGAUCAGCUGGCUUCUUUGUCGUUGAAUGAUGGUCUUGUUUCUUGAGAGCAAC